GGACGCUCUCGCGGGAGCUGGCGCUAUAAGCCCGGGCGACGCGCACGCGGCCGCCUCUUUUCCGCCGAUCCAAGAUGGCGCCGAAGGUGAAGAAGGAGGCUGUCCCAGCUAAGACUGAGGCAAAAUCUAAAGCACUUAAAGCUAAAAAGGCAGUGUUGAAAGGUGUCCACAGUCACAAGAAGAAGAAAAUCCGGACAUCUCCUACCUUCCGGAGACCGAAGACCUUGCGGUUACGGCGACAGCCCAAGUAUCCCCGGAAGAGCGCACCAAAGAGGAACAAGCUCGACCAUUAUGCCAUCAUUAAGUUCCCACUGACCACUGAGUCAGCCAUGAAGAAAAUUGAGGAUAACAACACCCUAGUCUUCAUUGUGGAUGUGAAAGCCAACAAGCACCAGAUCAAACAGGCUGUGAAGAAGCUGUAUGAUAUUGACGUGGCGAAGGUCAACACCUUGAUCAGGCCCGAUGGAGAGAAAAAGGCGUACGUACGUCUCGCCCCGGAUUAUGAUGCGCUCGAUGUAGCCAACAAGAUUGGAAUCAUCUGAGUGAAAUCUUGCCGGAAUUGCUCCAAUGCAGCUCUGAAAACAUUCGUACAAGUCGUUUUACAGAUUGCCCAGCAAAACUGUACAAAGGAGUUUUACAAUGUGCAGGAGUUUUACAAUAAACUAUUUAACACCACUGCAA